GUUCAGGCAGCCAAUCAGAAGCGCUCCCAAAGAACGAGUUUGCCUGCAUCUGUGACUGGCAUCUUCAGUGCUAUUGGAACAUGGCCAUACAGCCCGGAAACCCACAACACCCCUGAACUCACUAAGUUAAGCAAUUUCUCCAUCCUGGUUUAUGACACAGGGAGUGGCAAAGAAAGAUUUGGACAGGGCAAACAAGAAACUGGAGAUUUCCUUUUGACAGAAAGCCUAUAAAGAUUUACCUUUGUCUCAAAUGCGAGGAGAUGAUCUCAUCCUUUUUUUGGAAAGCAAACAGUCGUCAGAGUCCUCCUCUUCCUGGCUGCUGCAGUGGGCCGGCCGAGCUGAUGAGUAAUUUCUCUCGCUCCUGAAGAAGAGAACUGUUGGCUGCUCAAGCAGGCAGACAAGGGAGAUCUUGACGGAGAUCUGCUGUUGGAUUUUGAAAUCAGCUGCCUCAAAGAAGAUGCCAACUCUGGACAUCUGGAACAGGAUUCCAGAAGAAAUUCUGUCUCAUAUAUUUUGCUACCUCCCUCUCAAGGACAGACAUGUGGCCUUCCAGGUUUGUCGGCUUUGGGCUGCGGCAGUUUCUUCCAGUUCUGUCUGGAACUUCACAGAGAUCAGCUGCAAGGAUGGAGAUGAGGAUGGGACGUUGCAGAGUUUGCACCAGUUCCUGCCCCUUAUCAGACAUCUGAAGAUUGUGUUUGAUCAGUCCAAGGAGGUAAUCCGGAGGAACGUCUCCCAGAUUUUAGACAUGCUAGCCCAGCAGAACCACAGGCUGCAGGCCCUCUGCAUUGCCUGCACGGGGGAGAAUCCUUACUUCUAUGCAGGCCAAGACAUCCUGCAGAGCAUCAAGAACAUCUGCAAGAGCGAGGGUAAGAUCAACCUUCAGAAGAUUGAUUUUCGGCAGAUGCCUUUCACUCUGGACGAUGGGAUUGUAGAGCUGAUUGCAACCUCCAGCCCAAACUUGCGCACCUUGUUCAUCAACAACCGCACCCUGGUUUGUAAUGUUAAGCCAGAAGCCAUUGUUAUGCUCCUCAGAGCUUGUCCAAAAUUGUCCACUUUGGGCAUCUAUUAUGCCAGCCUGUCUGAGGAGGUCUUUCUGGAACUGAUGAAGCCAGAUCGAGAACCUUUCAGUUGCCUGGACCUUUUCUGUGAACGUCUGGACAAAUAUGUCCCAGUCAUUACAGAAGAGAUUUGGGCUGCAGUGACUGAAAAGCAUCCACAACUCUACGUUGAACUAGAGUUGGAGCACACAGUCCCUGCCUGGAAGAUACCGCGGAUCCUGAAGCCAAAUAUCCCUGUGACUACUUUGCAACUGAACACUUUUACAUACAUGGUGAACCAGGUGAGGUUUGUCACCAGCAACUACAGCAGCAGUUUGGAGAGGCUGGUCCUUCACACCACUCCAUCUGAUGACCUCAAUUCCUCCUUAAUUGACCUGGCAAAGAAGUGUGUACGUUUGAAAGAAGUCCACUGUUACUGCACAGUUAGCCAAGCAGUGAUUGAGACUUUCUUGUCGCAUUGCACAGGCCUGAAAAGAUACACUCUGAAGAUCACCAAAGAACGACACCCUUGGCAACCAGUAAUCAUUGCAUGACUUGACUAAAGAGCUCACUUGCACCAACCUGCUCAGCCUGUUCAUACAUUACAAAAUCCCCAUGCUCCUCUUGUGAUCAGGCAUAUUCUGGGAAUUCAGAAUUUUCCAGGUGUGCAGGGACCAGGUGCGGGUGGGAAAUACAGGAAGCGGAUUGUGGUGGGUUUUCCAGGCUGUGUUGCUGUGGUCUGGUGGAUCUUGUUCCUAACGUUUCGCCUGUAUCUGUGGCUGGCA